UUAGAAUAGUGCUUUAAGGACUGGAUUAAAAAUAAAUCUUAAAUUUCACCUUAUGAUUUCAUCAUAAUAUUGAUUAAUGUACCGAGAAAGGUCAAAGGAGUUCAUUCGGGAGUGUGCUAAUAAGCUCUGUUUUAAUGGAGUCGGUGAGAAGAGCAGUGAAGCAAAUAGCACACACCCCUCCCUCUCAAUGGCUCUCUACGCUCUCUCCUUACCAUCUCUCUCUAACCCCUCUUCUCUUUCUGGCGUCCUCUCUCUACUCCGUCGCCAUCCGCCUCCGCCGCCAGCUCCACCGCCUCAACAUCUUCGAAGAACACCGGUUGCCGGUGCCGGUGAUUAGUGUCGGGAAUUUGACGUGGGGAGGCAAUGGGAAAACUCCAAUGGGGUAUGGUGGUGCAGAUGAAGCCAGGAUGCUUCAGAGGCAACUCAAAGGAACUUCCUCUAAAAUUGGUGUGGGCGUAAAUCGAGUAGCUAUUGCAACUAAAUUCCUCGAACAAUAUGGUUACAUGAAUUUCCGUGGUACUUAUGAAAAACUCUUCUCUGGUGAGAAAAUGGAAAUUCAGUCUAAUUUUGAUCGAGUUGGGGUUGCUAUCCUUGAUGAUGGGAUGCAGCACCUGAGUGUAAUGCGUGAUUUGGAGAUUGUAAUGGUGAAUGCACUGAUGCCAUGGGGAAAUCAUCUAUUAAUUCCACUUGGAGCUUUAAGGGAGCCUUUGACUGCACUCAGUCGUGCUGAUAUUCUAGUCAUCCACCAUGUGGAUUUGGCUAAAUGUCAAAGACUGUGUUUGUCAUCACCCAUUAAUCUCUUGGCACUUAAAGCAUGUCGUGGAGUAAUUCCACAGUCUGAUGUACCUGAAAAUGCUAUCGAAACCUUAGAAUCUACAAUUCAAAGUGUCAAAAAGACUCUUCCAAUUUUCUUCACUAGAAUGACUCCGGUUCACUUCUUCCCAUGUCGGGACAUUUCCUGUAAAAUACCCCUGAAGGCUGUUGAAAAUAUGGUUGUAUUAUGCCUUUCAGGCAUUGGAUGUGCUGAUUCUUUUAUUCAGAGCAUUGAAAGGAUGGGACCAGCAUAUGUGGACCACCUGGACUUCAGUGACCACCAUUUAUUUCAAUUGAAGGAAAUUGAAAUGGUACUGGCGAGACUUGAAGCACUUGAAGCCGAGUUUGACUCCAAUCCUGUUGUUAUUGUAACUGAAAAGGAUUAUGACAGAGCUCCCAAAGUGCUCGAACACAUGAGUCAUUACGAAGUUUGGGUUCUGUGUAGUCGCUUGGAAUUUGUGGCGCGUAAAGGAAGAACGAAAGAUGGAUUCAAAAAGGUGAUGAGAGAGCUUUUGGGCCGAAGGAUCCUGGUGUAAAUGAGUGGUAAUAUUAACUCUUACAGUUAACUUGACAAUAUGCGGUAAACAUGCCGAUAUUUUUUUCUUCUUUUUUUUGUUUUUUCCGCCUUUGUUAUAUCUCCCUUAUCAGUUUUGCUAUGAUGCCAACAGAUAUUAAUAAAAUUAUUAGUAUUUAUUUAAGUAAUCAGAGAAUAUGGUAGAUUUACUUGUUGUAUAUAGAAGGUUGGUUCCGUGGAGCCAACUGUUGGAUUCAUAGCAAAACCGGCUUAUUCCCAUCAUUAUUGUUUUGUUUAUGUUUAGUUAUACUUCUGAAUAUUAUCCAUUUAAUUUUUCCCUGGUGGCUUAUAUUCAUUCAGAAUCUAUAAUUUAUAUCACCUCUAUUCUUUUGUUUAUGUUUAGUUAUACUUGUUAAUAUUAUCCAUUUAUUUUUUCUCUGGUGGCUUAUAUUCAUUCAGAAUCUAAAAUUAUAUCACUUUUCUUAU